AUGGCAGGGAAGGAUGUAACGGUGCUAACACGGGGUUGCCAGCUGGAGCAGCUCGUGAUGACGUGGAGAAUCGAGGACAUCUUUAACGACGAGCUGCUCCGAGAGAAGCUGCCUGCCGCCGCCUCCACACGGAUCGUGGUCAAAGCGGUGCAGAGGGAUGGUGAUGGACGGGCAGCGAGAGCGGAUGGAUGUGGGGAGAUGGAGAGGGAUGACUGGCAGCGGCAGUCUGUGAGUUACUCUGGUGAUGACGACUACUGCCAGGGCGAGGUUCAUAGGAGUUCAGUGCACGGUAGUGCAUUGGUUGCACCACCGUGGCGCAUGGCGCCACAUGUCCAGCCGAUUGGUCGAUGCAGAGGGCAGCUGGGAGGCGCUGCAGGGGAAGCACACUCGGCGGUGGCGUGCUCUGACGCGGAGGGAUUCUGCUACGUGCGCUUGGAAGUGCAGCAGCAGCAUUCUGCAGGGGCCGCUGGGGCAGCAGCGUGGGGAGGUGCAGCGAGGCUGAAACCCACAGAUGUUGUGCUGCUGUCCACUGUAGCCCCCUCUGGCCCUGCAGACCUGCUCCGCCCGGGGGUGCUGUAUCGUCUUGCUGUCCUUGUUGCGGGAGGGAACUCGUCCGGGGAGGAUGGAGACGGCGAUCGCUGUUUCCGGGCCAAGACAUGCACUCCGGAGGAUUCGCCCGAGUAUCAGGGCCUGGUUGGGGCAGUGGAAGGGGGGGAGUGUGCAGGUGGUGCGUCGUGGUAUGUGACCUUGGUGGGUAGCUUGGCAACACCACAGCGUGUGUGGGGUGCUCUGCAAUCCGGUGCUUGA